AUGAUCCUUCACGUAGCGUUUGCAGCGUUCCUGUUUGUAAACUCGGCGAUCGCCGACGCCGGUGUCCAGGAACAGGUGGCCGUCGAAUCUGACGAGGGCGUACUUGUGUUAACAAAAGACAACUUCCAAAGUAUUGUCUCGUCGUCCGAAUAUCUACUCGUCAAAUUCUAUGCACCAUGGUGUGGUCAUUGCAAACAAUUAGCACCAGAAUAUGCAAAUGCAGCUCAACAUUUAGCCCAGAAUGAAAUACCAGUUAAAUUGGGCAAAGUAGAUGCUACUAUUGAGAGUGACUUAGCUGAACAGUUUGGUAUCCGAGGAUAUCCAACUUUGAAGUUCUUUAAAAGUGGAAAACCAAUUGACUACUCAGGUGGCCGAACUAAGGAUGAAAUCAUCCAAUGGGUAAUAAAGAAGUCUGGCCCAGCUUCAAAAGCUUUGAACUCAGAAGAAGAAUUCAAAUCGUUCAUCGAGGGAAAACAUGUUGCUAUUGUUGGUUAUUUCGAAAAUUUGGAAUCAGAUGCAGCAAAAAUAUUUUCAGAACUGGCUGAUUCUGUUGAUGAUCAUCCAUUUGGUAUUGUAUCAGAUUAUUCUAAAUUUCCUGAUUUAGAACACAAGGAUACAUUUGUUUUAUAUAAAGAUUUUGAUGAAAAGAAAGUUGUAUUUGAAGAAGAGAUUUCCAAUGUUGAAGACAUCAAGACAUUUAUUUUUGUUCAUUCAUUGCCUCCUAUUAUAGAAUUCAACCAAGAAACUGCCCAAAAAAUAUUUGGUGGUCAGAUUAAGAGUCAUUUAUUACUCUUCUUAUCUAAAAAAGAAGGACACUUCGAAAAAUUCAUUGAUAACAUUAAGCCUGUUGCACUUGACUUCAGAGGAAAAAUUGUGUUUGUUACUAUUGAUGCUGAUGAAGAAGAACAUCAAAGGAUUUUGGAGUUCUUUGGAAUGAAAAAGAAUGAAGUACCAAGCAUGAGAGCAAUCAAACUUGAAGAUGAUAUGACCAAAUUUAAACCAGAAUCUUCCGAAUUAACUGGAGAAAAUGUAAAGAAAUUCGUCUCAGAUUUUGUUGAAGGAAAAGUUAAGCAACAUUUACUUUCUGAAGAAUUACCUGAAGAUUGGAACAAGACCCCAGUCUGGACUUUGACUGCUACUAACUUUGAUAGUGUAGCUUUAGAUUCAACUAAGAAUGUUCUUGUGGAAUUUUACGCCCCGUGGUGUGGACAUUGUAAACAGCUCGCUCCAAUUUUCGACAAAGUUGGAGAAUAUUUUGGUGAUAAAGAUGAUAUUAUCAUUGCCAAAAUGGAUGCUACAGUUAAUGAACUUGAGCAUACCAAAAUUUCCAGCUUCCCCACACUAACCUUCUAUCCAAAGGGAGAUAAUCCAAAAGCCAUUGAAUAUAAUGGAGACAGAACAUUAGAAGCAAUCAUUAAGUUUAUUGAAGCUGAUGGAAAACAAGAAAGUUCUUCUAGCACAUCGAGUGAGGAAGGAGAAGAAGAAGAAGAAGAACGUGAGAAGCCUAAAGAUGAGUUGUAGAUACUAAUUGUAAAGAAAUGUUUAUAAUUAUUAUUAAUUUUUUUGUUCCAUCUUACUCGUGAAAAACUUCAGCACAUUAGAGGUUCAACAAUUGAACUAAUAUCUAAUUGUGUAUAUAUAGCUAAUUUUGGUUGUAUUUGCAUUAUUUAAUUUCUACAAAAUUGGUAUUAUUACAAUUGUAUGAAAAACAAUUUUAAUUUAAUUUUCAUAAUGUACCCUUUCUCAAGACUGUCAUAGAUGGUUCUGAAAUUGACUUCUUAAGAACCAUAUUAUUUUAAAUCAAUGUCUAUGAUGUUUCUUUGAUAAGUAAAAUAAAAAUAAUAAAAUUAAUA